CCUUGCACACAGUCAUACAUUUCCUGAUUAGCUUGAGUGCCAGAACAGAGAUGAGGAGAGUGAUGGAAGGGUGCCAUAAAGGAUUCAGACAAAUAUGGCCGUCAAAACAACCAGGAGUUUCCACGGUUGCAUAGGUGGACCUCACUACUGGUAGGAGACGUCCUUUACAGGACUUCAUUAAACUCCUGAGGUAAAUUGUCAGAGGUAAUACAUAAGAUUGCAGUGACUCACAAUAUAGUAAAAAAGAACGUCAUACUAAAACUUCAUAAUAAAAUGAAAUAGCCAUUUUAAAUGGCAAAUCUUAGAUACCCCUCUUUGCCAUGAGAAUAGGGUAUAGAUACAGUCACAAGCUGACUUCUUUAUAUGCUCUUUUAUCAGCAGGAACACAGUAUGUCAACAUUGGCCGGUGAUUACGUAUUGACAGUACAAUAUUAAGUAUAUUCACCUCUCAUGUAGACUUGGUAAUUAAAUCUAUACUGCAGGGUCCACCAGCCUUCUGUGUUUGUCUCUUGAAUCUUGUGACACACUAGGUGACUUAUGGCAGGGUGGUUGUUAAGGAAACAGUGGCAGCCCCUUCCUGUUACUUUAUGUUGAGCAAGUCGCUGUGUGAGGGAUUUAUCAGGUUCACGUAGGAAACUUGUUUGUACCAGACAAGAAUUUUACCAGCCAGAAAAAUUGAUCCGCUUUUAUAUGGACGGCUUUUGUAUAAACCGUAAGUAUGAGUUUCAUGUGUCCAUAUUUCAUUCAAUAAUUAUUCUGUAAGAUCUAGCUUCCAUACUUAAUAUGAAUGACUUACUCAGCUUAUAUGGACGCUGUGUCUACUGGUGACCCUGUGAGAAAAAACAUCAAUUGUAGAAGCUGUUCAUAUGUUCUACUAUAGCUGAAACUUUGAUGAAAAAGAAAAAUCCCGUACAAGACAAGUCAGUUUAUUCAUGUGAGAAGGCUAUAAUCAUUGUUUUUUGUAAGGGAAUUCUUUUUAGUGGACCUUUCAAUACUGAAACUAAGAUGACUUAUGCAUUUCAGUUUGCUUUAUGUGGUCAUAAACAUUGUAUUGCCUUGCUGUUUUUCGAAGGUGAGACCACAACAUGAACUCCACCUCUGGCAUGGAUAGUUUCAGCCUAUUGGCCAAUCUGACCGACUCUGAAUGUAUCCCCGUAGAAGAUCCAGACAAGCAGAGGGCUUUUCUGGUGUUCUACCUGACCCUCAUCAUCAUCUCUAUCCCCUCCAACACCUUCUCUCUCUAUGUCUCCUGGCAGCACAUCCGUCAGAGGAACGAGCUGGGAGUCUACCUGUUCAACCUGGCCCUGUCCGACCUCACCAUAACCAUGGGCCUGGGCCUGUGGACGGACUUCAUCCGGCGCGGCGCCUGGGUCCACGGCGGCUACGUGUGCGUCCUCUGCGUCUUCCUCCUCUUCACCAACUUCUACACCACGGACGCCUUCCUCUGCUGCAUCGCCCUCGACCGCUACCUCGCCGUGGUCCACCCGCUCAAGUACCCGUGGCUGAGGCGGGUCGGCACGGCCGCGGCGGUCAGCGGCGGCAUCUGGGCACUGGUGAUCUGCUUCAACGCCGCCACCAUCGGCUGGGCGGACGCGUACAGCGACGCCGGGCGCGCGCCCAUGUGCUUCAGCGUGUUCCCGCUGUCGCGGAGGCAGGCGCGGGUCAACGUGGCCCGCCUCGUCUUUGGUUUUGUGCUGCCCGUCCUGCUGGUGGCCUUCUGCAGCUGGGGCACCUGCAUGGCGGUGCGCUCCAACCGGGCCACGGAGGAGCAGGAGCGCCGGCGGGUGUCCCGGCUGCUGGGGGUGGUGCUGUUCACCCUGGGGCUGUGCUUCGGGCCCGUCCACGUCAUGAUGGUGCUGCAGUCGCUCCUGGAGGGGUGCGGGGACCCCGUCUGGCUCGUCUACUCUUACAAGAUCAGCAUCGCCGUGUCGUCGCUUAACUGCCUGGCUGACCCUCUGCUCUACUGCUUCUUCACCAAGACGGGCAAGGCCAGUGUCACCCAGGUGGUCCUCUUCCUCCAGGGGAGAAGAAAGUCCCCAGACCAGGGGGUGGUUUAGGGGAACAUGGGACAUCUGGCAAAUGUUACCACUCAAACUGACACUUGACUUUGUCUACUUAGGUCUGCCAAAUGAUGCGUUGGAUUAGGGAAUCCGAAUGCUCAUAUUAGUUAUUGACUGCAUGUUCAAUAUGGAUUUGCCAGUAUGGAAUUAAACCUUUCACCUUGAUUCAUCAUACCAACCUAAUGUGUCUGUUUAACGUGCCUUACUAAUGCGCCACACAUCUGUGGGACAUCUCCGACUGAAAGCAAGUGUACGUUCAGAAGAAACUGAUCAUACCUUAUCAGGACCACCCUAGAGUACUGUAUAUACAGUACAGCAGAUUUACAACUUGGAACACGAGUGAGUUUGUUCAAGAGCUCAUGUUAGUGUUAGCCCUGUUAGCCAGGUCUCAUCCUUGCUUGUCCAAUCGCCUUGUGACAAAGCAGAGGAAUGUGUUGUGUUUGCAUUUUCACUUCAGUUUUACUGUCCUCUCGUUUCUUUGUGCACAUGCCACUGUCUCAGAGGUGACAGACUUUCCAUCUUCUCCAUUCUGAUAAAAACAUCUUCUCUCCUGAUGUCUUAUCUCAACACUCCUUUGCAAUAACUGCCGGGAGUUGGUAAAUUAUUUGGGUAUGAUUGAAAAUUCUGUUCAAUACAAACCAGGGGAGUCGUUAGACCCUUUUUACUGGGGCACGUGCCCCAGUAUAAAUCUGCUGUGCCCCAGUAAAAUCUAAAGUUUGAGUUUUAACAAUUUACUUUAUUAGUCAGUGCAUUAAUUUAGUUUGAUAAUCCCUAAAAGAAUAAACACAGUUUCCCAAUCAAAGCAGUUUAA